UCAAAGACAUGUUAUUGACGGCUACUUAAUUGAUGCUACUAUUGUUUGACUAGUUAAAAUUGUUUAUUCCUAUUCAUGUCUAAGCUAUGAUGUAACAGUUUUCUUUAAAUACUCUUUUUCUACCUGUUUGGGAAAACAUUGUUCGUUUUGCUUAUUAGGAUAUCUUUGAUAAAAUGAAAAACAACGGGAUUAAAAAACCAAUGAACCGUUCUUUCGAUAUGGAUCAGAAAGCAUCGAUGCUGAAUGGAGAUCGGUUAAUUAUGGUUUGAAUACUGUUGAGAAGAAGAGAAACAGUGGGAAGACUUUUGGUUUCACCAAAGCAACGACGAAGUGGACCCUCGUUGAAUACGUCUAUGCCUCCCCCGAGAAUAUACAACACUUGGAUUCACCAACCCUCUCUUCACCUCUGUUUCAAUUGACUAUAUUCAUAUACAAGGAAUUGAUGGAACUAUUGAUAUCAUCUACCAAAGAAGUGCUAAAAUUAACGUUGGUUAUUUUGAACGUUUCAACCAGUGGAUCAAUAAAUGUGAAUAUUUCUAUUAAUGUAGAUAAAACAUAAACGUUGGAGCUUAGCUGAUCUUUACGAGGAAAAAAUAGAACCAGAUGGGCAAUAGAUGACUAUAAAUUACAAGUUUUAAUAUAUGAGAAUAUUUACGACAACUGAGUUCAGAAAAUGCUAAGUUUUAUGAAAUCGGACACGCAGUAGUAGAAGGUGCUUCUAUAGAAAAGUUUACAAGGAUAUAGAUUGUCCAUUUUCCCUCUUAGUUCAUUCGAAUACUGGAAAAUGAGUCAAUUCUAAAAGAUUUAUUUUCAUGUAACUAAUAUUUGCACAAGCGUUGCAGUUAUUAUGAGAUACAUUUCUUCAUUUUGAAGAAAGAAGCUCGAUGUUAAUGUUUUAAACAUUACAGUAGUUGGUAAAUGUUGCGAGUGUAUUGACUUUUGGUGGUAAGGCCACUUCCAGUUUUUCAGUUUUGUAAAAUUUACUUUCCAAAAUAUGCUUAGGAGAUUUUUAACUCAUUUUCGACAUGUCGGCGUUUUUAGUUAAUAUGACUAGGAGAACUACCGAGUCAACAGUUACCGAAAUUUCAUAUUUUCAUACAACCAUAGCUUCAGUCAGUUUUACAUCGACUGAUAAGUUCGAGCCAGUACUGCUGCAUCCUAUUAUUCUCUAUACCCUGUGUGCCAUUAAUCUGUUGACAAUAUUAGGAAACCUGUUGGUUAUGUUGGCAGUGUUCAAAGACCAUCGACUUCGUUUAAUCAAUACCAAUCUUAUUAUAGCGUCGUUGGCACUUUCUGAUUUUCUAAUAGGCGUUGUGGUCCUGCCGUCCGCCAUUUCCGUGGAAUACACAUCCGGAUAUUGGUAUUUUGGAAGAAACUGGUGUGAUAUCUGGCACGCAAUGGAUGUGUUGUGUUGCACAGCGUCCAUUUUGAAUCUCUGUAUUAUAUCUUUUGAUCGAUAUUGGGCGAUAACAAGCCCAAUUAGUUAUCGUUCAAAAAUGACAAAACGUGUUGCCUCUAUCUUGAUCGCGUUCGUUUGGGUUUGUUCGUCUGCUAUAUCUUUUCCGGCAAUAGUUUGGUGGAGAAAAGUGGACCCACCUUUUAUUGAAAAUCAAUGUAUAUUUACAGGAAGCUCAACGUAUCUGUUGUUUUCAUCAGUCAUAUCAUUCUAUCUUCCAUGCGCGAUCAUGGUUUUUACUUACUUAAGAGUUUAUUUAACAGCUAUAAGCCAAAUGCGAGGGAUUCUAGCUGGUACAAAGAAUGUGGCAACGGCUUCGAAAGAUCAUGAAAAAACUGUAAAUUUACGAAUACAUCGUGGUGGAUUUGUGAGGAACAAUCUGACGAACAAUAUGAAACAAGAACACAAAGCCGCAAAGACUCUAGGUAUUGUAAUGGGAAUUUUUGUUAUCUGUUGGCUCCCGUUUUUUGUGACAAGCCCGUUGUCUGCUAUCUGUAUAGAAUGCAUUAAGUACCCACAAUUAAUUAUUCCAAUAAUGACAUGGCUAGGCUGGAGCAAUAGCGCCCUAAACCCGUUCAUUUACGCGUUUGUUAGUAGACAUUUUCGGAUGGCAUUCUAUAAGAUUUUGUGCAGUGCGCAUUGCACUAAGAGGUCAAUAUCCCAUCCAUCUACAGUUAUUGCUGCCUUAUCUAGAGGAGUGAUAAAUGCAACAUUUGUGAAAGGUGAGGAGGACUUCCAAUUAUCGACUGGACGACCAAAUCUGCAAACUGACCAGCACGCGUCUCCAAAAUCUAGACUCUAAUACGAAGGUUACACAAGGGGUCACCUAUCAUUUUCAAGAGAGAAUAAAACAUACUUUAUUCUUGCCUCCUCUCUCCAUGGGAUGAGUAUGCAAUCAAGUAUUCAGUUUUGAAAUUGAAAAAGAUUAUUUAAGAGAUCGUUAUUUUUUUCAUCAUUUUGAAGAGGGUGAAAGUUAUAUUCUUUUUGUGACCUCUCACAAAUAGAAUGAUGAUUGAUGUUCGUACGAGUCGAUAUCUUUAUUGUCUUUUUCAUAGACCUAUGUCCGCACUGUGAAGCUAACCCUACCCGCUAAAAUAAGUAUUUUUUUUUACUCUCAUGAAAAUGAUAAAAGAAAAACAUUGACCCUAGGUUGGUAUAGUCGCGAAAGCAACAACUCUGCUGAAAGAUACACAUUUAGCUAUAUGAACCUUAGUUAAGCACAGAGAUGAAAGAAUUUUAUAUUAAAAAGAAACAAAUAUACUGUAAUUGGUUUGAUGGAUGUAAAAUUAAGAGAAUGACGACAUUAAAGGGGUUGGGGGAGUUCUGGCGUUGAAAUUACACAGUGCUUUGUAGCACAGUAAAUUAGGCCUACGACCUAUAAAACAUGGUUUUCAUAGAAUUGUUACACUGUCGCAGUGGCGUAUCUAGGGGAGGGCGCGGGGGCACCCACACAAAUAUUAUUUGCACCCCCCCUAGUCGCCGCCCCCCCCCCAAAUAAUCACGGUCAAGUAGUUAAUAAUCACCUAAAAUCACCAUAUUUUGCAAAUUUAGCGCCCCUCAACUGAUCAUCCUCGAUUCCCGAACUUUGCGCCCCACCAUCAGCCUUCCCCCACCCAUUCAAGACUUCUAGAUACGCCACUGCACUGUCGUUACAGUGUUUUCAGUGGAACCGUUGCCCUGCGAGCCGUCCCCGACACAAUCGGGAAGGCAUCCCGAUCGAUCGACCUACCAGCGUUGCCGAAACCUGUUGGCGAUAGCGUGUGGCGAUUUUAUGAAAACACUAGCUUAGAUUUACAUUGAGGUCGGUAGUGAAGAAUGAACGUUACAAACUGAGUCCUUAACCGAAACUGAUGAUUGCGUUACUCAAAUUACACAGUGUUUAAGCAUAGAAAUUACUUAAAUUGACUAUUUUAAAAGUUUCGCUUUUCACUCUAGAAUAAAAUAUAUUAAUAUAUAGCUAAUUUUCUGUGAAAUCAAUCUUUUUGUAGGUUUUAUAUUUUUCAGAAGUCUGUGAUUUUAAUUAUAAACUGCUUGUUAUUUGUACAGAUGAAAUGAUUCAUUUAUGAAUAUUAUAAUGAGUUCUUUGAAACUGGAAUCCAAGCAAGUGAAAAAAAUACAUGAACUUGAAAGUGUCGAAUAAUAAUAAGCCUAGCAUUUUGUCUCUGUAUUUCUCCGUUAUUUGCAAAUUUUUGUCUGACCCAAAUUAUUUCAAAUAUGUUUUAAAUGCAGAACCUUCUCCCCCUUUAAAUAUAUAUUAGGCUUUAAAAUGAAUAAUGCUUAAAAUAAUGACCUAGGCCUACGGUAUCUAAUCCUAACUGAACGUAGAAUGCGGAUGUACUGUAGUUGAUUAAUUGACCGGGAACAAUGUA